CACGUUCACGCUCGCUGCUGUCGCGCCCCGGUUCCUUGCAAUUCUCGAUCUCGGGAAACCGAGGUCGAGGUGUGGCUCCUUCGCCUCCCAUUACUUUUUUUCUGCUUUCUAUCUCUUCUCCCCGGAUUUGGGCGUCCGCCGACUACCACCCACCGCGCUGGAAACGAGCGACGCACGAUCUGAGAACACAGGAGGCCCUAGCAUCGAGUCCAGCUGCCUGCGACCCCGACUUUGAUGUCCGACAUCGCUUUCGACCGCGCCGAAGACUCUGAGAGCACACCAACGGCUUUUACAAGUGGUAUACGCGUCCGCCAAUCCCUCACGACCUCCCCAAACCCGACUACGAGCCCUCGAACGAAGAAUUCAGUUUCUCCUCGGAUUCGGCCUUCCGCCGAGCAGCCUAGGGUCAUAGGAAUGAGCUGACCCUUUCAGCUCGGAUAGUAGCUUCGGAGCGCGUGGGGGACCUUGACGAUGCGCGAGAGGCCUCCCCGACGUGCUCUUACAUCCGACUCUGCGCCUUACGCCUCCGACUCCGCCCGACUUCACGCCCAAACGCGGCAAAAACAUUUUCUCUCCGGAUUUUGCGUUCCGCCGACUACCGCCAAGACGGCCUUCUUGCUUUCGACGUGCAGCUCCAAGCCUGACUUGAAGCCUUCGCACGAAGACCUCGGCGACUUUGGGCCUUUGGGCGACGGGGCUUCGACGGCGACCGCCCACAUCUGUUUCUCUUCGAAUUCGGGCGUCCGCCGACGACGCUCGGGGUCCCGGCUCCGUGUGCGACAACGCGCGCUCGUCCUCAAGCCUGACUCGAAACUCGCUCCCCCUCUCAGUCUGCUCGCUCCAACCUGCUUUCUCUCGCCUCUACCGCGAGCUGAUCAGUGCUUUCUGUAUUUCGAGGCCUUCCCCGCAUACAAGUUCUGUAGUGUAGUAGUCUUCACUUUACCUUGGCAUGCAAUCUCGUACCACAACUCGAAGCCUGAGGCUGACCUGAAACCCCCAACUUGUAGUUGA